AUGGAAAACCAGACUUUUGUGACUGAAUUUAUUCUUCUCGGUUUCACUGGCCUUCAAAGGGUUCAUGUUUUACUCUUUGUGGGAGUCUUGGUCAUCUACAUUUUGACUAUCACUGGGAAUGUCAUCAUCAUUGCCACAGUGGUAAAUGACAACACUCUCCACAAGCCUAUGUAUUUCUUCCUUGGAAAUCUCGCAUUUUUGGACAUAAUCUAUGUCUCGACUACUAUACCCAAGCUUUUGGCCAGUCUUCUGGAUGUCAAGAAGUCAAUCAGCAUAGCUGGGUGCAAAGCCCAAGCCUUCUCUCACUUUUUCCUUGGUGCUACUGAGUUUUUCCUCCUCACAGCCAUGUCCUUUGACCGAUAUAUAUCAAUAUGCAUUCCUCUUUACUACACCAUCAUUGUGAAUGGAAAACUGUGUGCUAAGCUUUCAUUUGGCUCUUGGAUGAGUGGCUUUCUUACUGUCUUUGUGCAAACUGUUCUGGUGUUUAGACUGCCAUUCUGUGGCCCCAAUAUCAUAUUCUACUGUGACAUUGGGCCGCUGCUGAAGCUGUCUUGCACUGAGACCCACCAUAUUGAAUGGCUUGUUUUCACUGUUGCUACAGUGGUACUGUUUAGCACUUCCUUUUUGAUUUUCAUCUCCUACUUCACCAUAAUUUUUACCAUAUUGAGGAUCCCAUCUGCUUCUGGAAAACAAAAAGCUUUCUCUACUUGCAUUGCUCAUCUGGCUGUAGUCAUCAUGCUUUACGGGGCUGUGAUAUUCAUUUACGUCAGGCCAAGAGGGCAUGCCUCACUAGAUAUGAACAAAGUGGCAUCCCUUCUGAACACCCUUAUAACACCACUUUUUCUGAACCCUUUCAUUUAUACUUUGAGGAACAAAGAGGUAAAGACUGCCUUGAAAAAAUCAGUGACCAGAAAUAAAGUAUUUGAGGUUAAAGAAAGAGGAUUAAAAUGUUGA